UGUGUGUGUCCCCUUCCAUCUCCCCCACCCCUAUCUCUUUACAGGACUGCCAACCCCUUCUAGAGUUAUUCCAGGAAUGUGUUGAACAUGGCUGCCGCGAUGAAGGCACAGAAAACGGGACUGUUGGAACUUCGAGUAACUGUGGACAGCUGGAUUCGUGUUUUAGCCACACUUACCGAGGAUACUUUAACGGUAAGCCCCGGAGAGGUCGCCGAAGAACCAGUGAAACCCAACCCAACUCCUACUGGUGCAGUUAACGGAGACCCGGCCAACCUCAGCUCCUCUCCCGUACCAGAGACGAUCACCAACGUGAAGCGCACAGUGCGAGUUACAAAGCAAGAUGUUGGAGGACUUGGAAUUAGUAUUAAAGGUGGGAGGGAGAACAAGAUGCCCAUUCUCAUAUCCAAGAUCUUCAAAGGCCUGGCUGCCGACCAGACUGAGGCUCUCUACGUGGGCGAUGCCAUCAUGUCGGUGAACGGGUCCGACCUGCGGGAGGCCACCCACGACGAGGCGGUGCAGGCGCUGAAGAAGACCGGCAAGGAGGUCAUCCUGGAGGUGAAGUACAUCAAGGAGAUGUCAGCGUUCUUCAAGAACACCUCCCCUGGAGCCCCCCUCCCCUGGGACUCCCCCCCUGCCACCCCUCAGAAGGGGGCCGACACCCCCCCCGCCGAGCCCAAAGAACCCCGCAGCAUCCCCCUCAAGAUGUGCCAGGUGCUGCGGAAACAGUGCCCCCCGGACACAGAGAACAGGUAUUUCGAGGUGAUCUCAUCCAACAGAAAGAGUUCUGUAUUCCUGCGGGCGAAGGACCCAGCCAUGGCCCAGUCCUGGUACAACGCCAUCCAGGCCGGUACGGCCGCCCAGGGGCUCCGGGUCAAGGAGGAGCUGAGGGCCAUGCAGCCCGGCAUGGAGGUCAAACACGUGGGCUGGAUCACCGAGCAGGCCUCCCAGGGCCCGGAGAGAGCCGUGGUGGCUGUGCUGACGGAGAGAGACCUGCUGCUGUACCCCACCCUGCCUGACAGCAGAGACAGUCUCAGCAGCCCGGCAAAGAGCCACCCACUCAUCACUACCAGACUGGUCCACUCAGGCCCAGGAAAGAGCUCCCCCCUGCUGGACUCGGAGCUGUCGUUCGGCCUGCGGACGGGCACCAAGCAGGGCGUGGAGACCCACGUGUUCCGGGUGGACUCUGCCAAGGAGCUGUCCGUGUGGACGCACCUGCUGGUGGAGGGCUGCCACAACGCUGCCGAGCUCAUCCAGGAAGUCACUACAGCCUGCAGCUGGAACGGGAAGGAGGUCACUCUGGGAGUGCACAUCGACGAGGGCUUCACCCUGUUCACGGAGGAGAUGGGCGUGAGGAAGAGCGUCCUCCUGCAGCAGCCCUUCGAACGCCUCCGGAUGUCCUCGGACGACGGCGUACGCAUGAUCUUCCUGGACUUCGGAGGGCCGGAGGCUGAGAUUCAACUGGACCUCCACUCCUGCCCCAAGACCAUGGUGUUCAUCAUCCACUCCUUCCUGUCUGCCAAGGUCAAGAGGCUAGGCCUGCUGGCAUGAUGACAGCCUCUCCCUGGGCACCCAACCUCACACACACACACACACACGUACACACACACACACACACACACACGUACACACACACACACACCCACACGUACACACACCAGACUCCCAACACCAGGGUCAGGGUGCUACUCCUGGAGGCAGAUUGACUGACCGUUCCACCCACCCUAGGUCAGAAUCCUCUCCCAGUGGAAUCGAUAUCAAGCAGCAAUAAUGAUGCUCCCAAGGUUUAGAGGUUGUCCGUCUCACACACAGGUGCACCUCUGCUGUCGGGCGUUCAUCAUGUCAGCCAGCCAGCUGUGUUGUCAUGACAGCCCACAAAGCACUGUUACCAAGCCGGAGAGUUCGUUAGUUACUGAUGCAGUCUUGUCGUUGGUAGUUUCACGGAGCGUGGCAGUUUUUUUUGGUGCCGUUUCCAUGAUCCCUGUGUCAGCUCUUCAGCUGUCAUCGGAAGUCAUCGCAGUCCCUACUUCAUUUCCAUGACAACAGCCCAUGGACACUGGGAGGGCUGUAAGGCUGUAAUGGAACCGAAAGGUGUUUUGCUCGCGGAAAGAACUGACUAACUAUUGGUCAAUAGAACAGUUAAGAGGGCAUCAUGUCGCGCUCAUCCAGCCAUCUCCUCUCCGCGUCCGUGUCAGCGGGGGCCUCCAUCUUCAUUUACGUCGGCCAGAAGGGCUGCGAUCCAAAUGCUGAUUCGGUUGAUUAUUUAGUGCAGCUAAAGUGCGCCAGUCCCACCUCCUCCACCUCCUCUGCAUCUUGUUAUGGUUUCACUUUCCUGUCCCCUCUCUCCCCCCUCCCACCCCUUUCGUCCCCAGAAGCAGUUCCCUUUAUAUUUAGGUGUACAGGUACACAGCUGGCCAUCCACCCUCUACUUAACUUGAAUUGGUUGAUGCAUACUAUACACAGCAUCCAUAUUUGUCGUUUUCUUGUUUACUCGACGCAGUAUCAUUCAGGAAGAUGAGUGCAUACUAAGACCGGUACCGACUUAUAGUUUUAAAACGAAAGGAGUGUUGAACUCUUGAAUACAUAUUCAUUAUUUGGUUUUCAAAAAAUGGCAAAAUUGGUCAACAUUAUCACAUGCGACGUCAGGCCUACAUUAGUUGUUUUUUAUAGAGAUAGGAAGAGAGAAAGGGUGAAGCUCAGUGAUAUAACAUUUGUCUGCAGAUCAAGAGAUUGCAGCUUCAAAUGCCCCCUGUACUGUACAUCGCUUCGGAUUGAAGAGUCUGCUAAAUGAAUCCAAAAGUGAAAAUGAAUACAUUAUUAGAGAAAGGGGGUGGGUUUAAGCUGGUGUUGUAGUUCGUACUAAGAUAGCUCAAUACACAAUGUUUUUCUCUUUCGAUCUAUGGCAGAAAACAGAUUAAAACAUGUUGAAUGACAGACCUAGGACAUUCUAGGAAGCCACUAGGGUGUGUUUGUGGGACAGUGUUUGUUGUCCUGGUGGCCAUCUUGAAAAUGUUUUCAUUUACAGAAGGGACUCUAAUAACUAUUUAGACGACUACUUGCUUGCAUCACAAUGUUCAUUUUCCCACAUUUUUUGUGUCAGUUCUCGACCCACAACUUGUGGCCUUCUCUAUACUGUGCUAAACCAACUUAUAUUAAUAUAUAUAUAUUUCAAAACUAAAACUUGUUUGCUUUCAAAAAUAAAAAAUGUAUUGUAUAUUGUUAUUUAAACAAAGGUGUGCCUUGCAGGGUUGUUUGUAUAUAAAAGUGUAAUAAACAUUGAUUGUUAACUUUUA